AAUUUCGCCCCCUAUAUAUGUGCAUGUCUCCGUCAUCUCUAGUACUCAUUCUCAGACACUACAAUCACAUCAAGACCUAGAGAGAGAGAGAGAGAGAGAGAGAGAGAGAGAGAGAGAGAGAGAGAGAGAGAGCUGGUUUCUCCAUUGCCAGUGGUUUCAGAGAUGAAUAAAAUGGGUGGUGGUGAAGUUAACAUUGAUGAGGCACUGAAGAGGGAGAUCGAAGUCCUCCCGCUCUUUCCUAUGGCUGAUCCCGAACGUGAUCGUGCAUUGGCCGAUCCUCAGCUCAAUCCAGUGGAGCAGUCUGCGCAAUCAGAUUCCAUUCCCGAUGAAGGGAUGGACCUAGGUUUACAACUUGUUAUUGAUGCCAAGCAUUCACCACAGGUAAGUGGUGUCUCUGAUUGUGCAUCAAGCUCAGGUAUAGGAGGGGGAGUUGCUAGGGCAACUGAUCUAUUAAUGAAAGUCUCGAUAACUACCGAGCCCACAAGGCGAUUAAUAUUUGGAAGAUCCCUGGAUGCCAUGGAGGAGUUAAUGACGGUGGCCCAGAUGAGAGAACCCUUAUGGCAACUCCAAGACGACGGCGUGACGGAACUAUUACAUGAUUUUGAGUACAGAUGUGCGUUUCAAAAGCAAGAUCCAGCUGUGCAGGAUCUCUUCCCAGAGGAAGUGGCCGAUAACGAAUGGGGGAAGCUGCCAAAUAGGCCAAAUCCAUCCAACACCACUGAAUUUCUGAACUCAUCCCCCGAGCAUGUGCCGAGAGUUCCUACAAUAGGAAGGCUUAAGACUGAAGCUUCCCGAGAAACUGCUGUCAUCAAUAUGUCUCGGUUUUGUAUUGUUGCAAUGCUUAUGGAUGUGGAUCAAUGGCCGGCUAACUUCUCCAACAUCGUGUCUAAGCCCACUGUAUUAGGAGUCUUGUAUCCUGGCACACCAGGGACAUAUGAUGGGACUUUGCAAGUGAUGUCUGCAGAAUUUCAUAUUCCUACUGCCCUUGUUCCCGCGAGAUCCGUUUACUUUGCUAGGUACUGCAAACAGCUCGACUGGGACCUGUGGGGAGUAGUCGACUAUUCACUAGAGUGCAUGUUCCCUUGUUCAUUCAUCAAGUACCAAAGGAGGCCAUCAGGUUGUCUGAUACAACAAUUACCAAAUGGUUCCUCUAAGGUCACUUGGCUUGAGAAUGGAGGAGUGGACUAUGCCUCAAUCCAUAGCAUCUACGGGCCAAUUGUUUCCUCUGGAUUUGCAUUUGGUGCAAAGCGCUGGAUUUCUGCCAUCACCAGGCAAGCUGAAUGGCUGCAAGCUCUAAUGGUGCCUAAUCAGAAUGCCACAUACAACAAUGUGUUGAUAUCACAAAGUGGGAGGGAGAAUCUGUUAAAGUUGGCCGAGAGAAUGAUGAGAACUUACCUGAACGAAGUGAAUGGCUGUGUAUCAAAUAUGUGGUCUCCAUUGUUAGCAGCAAUUGGAGGGAAAGAUAUGAUGGUGACCACCAGGACCAACUAUGGCGGAGAUAUUGGGAAGCCUCAUGGGUCUUCAAUUGCUUUCACCACCUCGGUUUGCCUCCCGUUUCCAGUCAAAAAAGUGUUCAAUUUCCUCUCUGACGGGACCCUCCGAGAUAAGUGGGAUGCUCUUGCUUCUAAGCGAGUCAUUCGGGAAGCCACAUACAUCUCCACAGGAGCAAAUCCGGGGACUCGCGUGUCCAUUAUGCAAGUGGAGCCGGCUCUGAACUGUGCCUCUGUCCUUUACUUGCAAAACGCUUACUCGGACCCUACAGGCUCUUAUGUUGUUUAUGCUCCUGUCGACCAUGGAGCGAUGGCCUCACUCUUAGAUGGCGGAAACCCGGAUACGGUGGUGAUUUUGCCUUCGGGUUUCACAAUUCUGCCCGAGAAGCCAACUGUGCUCGGAGGAGAUAGCCGCAGAAGUCUCUUGACUAUUGCGUUUCACAUCAUGGACGUGUCCGGAAGAAUGCAAGGUAAUAUACUCCCUCGUGAUACAGCUGAUGAAGUCUACAAGAUCAUCACAAAAACUGUCGAUGCAAUCCAAGCUGCUAUGGAGGUUUACAUUGAAGCCGACAUCUUUCGCGAAACAAGAGUUUGGAGAAUGAGACCGAACAUUUACACCGUGCAUUGAAGAUUCCAGCUGAGUUUGUCGUUAGUGCAGUUGUUCUGGGGGAAGAAAGGGCAAGAGAGUUGGGUUGUGCAGAUCCGAAGUAUGCCAUAUGAAUCUGUCUGUUGUAAACAAAACUACUGCCAAGUCAUAUGCUAUAGAAUAAAAUAAAGCGCGACUUGAACUCUUGUAAUGUAUCGUUGUCGUAUGUUGUGUCUGUUGUAUAUGUGAUGUGUCUGUCUGCGAGACUCUCGUCUGUUGUGUGUUGUGAAGCAUCUUCUCAUAAGGCGUCGGAAGCUAUAUAAGCCAUCUGCUUUGACCUGGGUUUUAAGUUAAACGCUGAUGUUGUCAUGCAUCAUUUGGACAAGUGGUUCGCUUA